AUGUAUCUCGACUUUUUAGCCCACCUUUUACGCUCGCUGGAUUCUAGUUUCCACUCAAUUUUCAAAUGGGUCGUUUAUUUCAACCGCUGGUCGCAGGUCACCUCUCCUCCACCGUCGGCCGUGCUGGAAUCGCCGAUUCCGAAUGCUACUCCUGGUUCAUCCUUUACCUCCGCUGAUACGACCUUUACCGAACCAGAUAUUUUUCUCAGCGGCGCGAAACAUGCGUUCUCGUUGGACCUUCCUGAUAUCGGCACCGCGAAGGAGCAGAUACUCUCGGGCUUGCUUGGCAGCCUUGGUCUGGACGAAUGGAUAUCGCUCCAGGGAACGCUUGGCGCAGCGUCGGAUCUCCCUGAGAUAUCUCUGACGCCUCUCGUUCCGUUGGUCAUCACGAUUCUAUCUGUUCUUGUUCUCUGGUUCGUCUUGCAGGAGUUGUUGCCUGCUGUGGACGACGUCGGACAGCAAGCUCUUGAUGUUUCUGCCAAGGACGUUCCAUUCCAGAGGAACAGGUCGCUUACCCAUUUGGCUUUCGGCAAUAUCGAAGACCUCAACUCGGGCUUGCAUACCACACCGUUACUGGAGGACGCCACGGCCGCCCAGACGUCGUCUAAUGCUUUGGACACUAGCAAUUCUGUGCUCGCGAUUGAGCCUGAAGACCCUGCGCCGAACAUUGGAGAUGAUGCAAUGGAUCUUGCCCCCAUGGUUUUCACAGACCCCACGACGCUCCCGGCUGACGAUCUUGAUUCGCCUUUCGAGGUCUCCCUUCGUCCUCCUAUCUCGAAGAACUCCGAUAGGUGCCCGUCUGUUCCACCUUCGACAGCCAAAGACGAUUUAGGACGCAUCUCUCUGCGUACACCGACUGCUACCAACAUCCAGAGCGUUCCUUCGGCUGCGCCUUCGUUCGAUGUCUUGGAACCUCUUGCGGCUGCCUCUUCGGAUCUGGCAACUCAGCUGAUGGACGAAAACCUCGAGGAAUCUUUGUCUGACGAAGUGCUGCAGUCUGCUGGUCUCAUAACACCUGCCGACUCGGUUGCUGAGGUCGUCGUGGACGUUUCCAUGGUCUCACUGGGGCCAAGCGGUGAUCCGCCCCCUCCUGUACUCGCACAUGGCGUUGGCGCAUUUUCCACUGCAGUUUCGAAUGACGAAGAUGCCGGUCCUUCUCUAGCAAAUGGUACUUCUACCUCUGGGGGCCCGACUAUAUGCGCUCGUCUUCCUAUCAUAGAGCUCGAGGACGAUACCCUCGACAUUGGAGACGACCCUUUGCAUCUUUCUAGGGUAUGUCCCGCAGUCACUGCGGAUCAUGCGGCCAAAGACGAUAGCUGUGCUUCCAAUGACCAACAGCCCGCCUGCGACGAAGUUACGGUUCGGAUCCCUCUCACAGCUGGCCCUACCGACGGUGCCCCUACGAAGCUAGCUAAGGCGACAGCCGACCCGCACGUUGCACUCAGUACUUCUUCCGCCUCCAAAGUCACCCAAGAAUCGACGACGGCACCGACAGACCCUAUAGAGGAGAUUUCUGACUAUAUGCCCUCUGACUGGUCCCUGGUGACGCCAAAGAGCGAUCUUAGCGAUCUUAUCGACGAGCCGAUGACGGCGCAGGACUGGACCACUGUCAAGUGCUACAUGGGCUUUCAGGAUGACCAAGUAAACGAGUCGGAGCAGAAGCAGAUGACCUUCAUCCACGACUAUCGCCUCUCCAUUCAUUUCCCUGACCCCUCCCCUGCUGCGCCGUUGAACGCAUUUGAGCGUAUGCCCAACGCAGAUGAUCUUUUUUGCUCCUCACCUAAUGCGCGGACGCGAUCCUUGUUCAGAAAUGAGCGCCGUCGGGCUCUGUCGGAGCCGCCUCUGUUCAGCGACCGCGAAUGGAUUCGUUCGGAGGUUGACCCUACCCCCAAGCUUUCUGCCACGAGGGCGCGACUGGACAUCUUCAAGGAUCCCCGCUGCCCUGUUGUUCCUGCGGAGGCGGACAAGCGGUUUCCGCUUACGUCGCCUGAGCUCCAAGGCUGCUUCCCGUCUAUUGCGGCGCGGAUGGGCUUCAUCACUCACAAUCGCAGCCACCUUCGGUUCAUCCCACGGGCUGAAAUGGACUAUGUUCUUGAAGGCGAACGGGCUGCGCUGAAACUGGCGACGGCUCACGAGCUCAGACGUAGGCAUUCGAUCGGCGGGUUCCACCUCUCGAAGUACGGCUUGACGAAGACGGCAUUUCUGCGCGCUUACGUACCGUAUAUCAAAGACCAGAUGUCGUAUGCGGAAGUUACAGGCACCGGGAUCGAGCCUUGGGGUCGAGUGAUCACUGCGAAUCCUGAGGAUAAAUGCUCUCCGACAGGCAAUCGACUAAACUUACCGAAGUUCUUGGAAGUCAACAGGAAUCGGAGUGGGCCGGAUGUCAAUGUCAAUGGAGUAGACUUCAAAGCAGAGUAUACACGCCCUGUCCCGCCUCUAAGGCGAGAUCCGAACCAUCCGUCUGCAGGGACAUCGUCCCGGCCUAAGACAAGUAUUGAUGAACAAACCAGUACCCCUUCCACGCCCCGGAACCGCAAAGCUCGUCACUCUCUGCCUCGUUUCCCUUCAUUCGCCACUGUGGUUCAGAACGAACUUCGGCGAUCGAACAGCUUCCAGUCGAACGCUCAUUCCACUAGCCCUGAUGGUAGCGACCACAAGCGAGCCAGGUCUGCAAGCCCGUUCACCUCGGCCCCAGGACGUCAGAAGCGCACUCGGUUCGCAGAGCCGCCAGUUCAAGGUGACGGCCCCAGCACGGCGUCUCCUUCGCAUUCACCUGGCGUCGCGCGUCAGCAGUCCAUCCUCGCACGGCGCUGCUCCGCCUCGCCCCUCCAGCGUCUUUCCACCGUCGGCCGCCCGCGCAACCUCGAGACCGUCGUGGGCUCGCCGACCAAAGCGGAGUCAACGACGGCGGUCACCGUGGUGCACUCCUCCAUCGCGUCUGCACCGUCUCUGGACGCCAUGGCAGCUAUCGUUAGGGACGAGGGCUGCGGCACGUGGCAGCCAAAAGCGGGGACUGGUUCGUCGAGCGCGAGCACACAGGCUGCAAAAGCGUGUGCGCGGAUUGAUGAUGAUGGCGUCCUGGAGAAGUUCGAGAGCGAGUUGGUUGCGGGCGGGUCGUCCGGUCAGUAA